AUGAGUAAAAACAGAUUUGAAGGUAUUUUGGGCAUGUUCCAUGUAAGUGAUAAUGAGAAGGACAGACCCUCUGAUGACCGACUUUACAAAAUAUCCGAAUUUCUUGACAUGCUGCAAAAGAAAUUUAAGUCCUCCUACAUGCCCAAAAAAGACAUUUGUAUCGACGAAAGUAACGUCCCGUUUCGAGGACGCAUUUAUUUCAGACAGUAUAUACCCAAUAAGCGACACCGCUACGGUAUAAAGCUUUUCAAGUUAUGUGUAUCUGGAGGAUACACCUGGGAUUUCAAAGUAUAUACCGGCAGAGAAAAAUCAAGUGAAUUUGUAGUUUCUGAAAAGGUAGUCAUGGAAUUGAUGGAAGGUCUUUUGGACAGAGGCCGCACACUUUACACUGAUAACUGGUACACGAGCGUAUCAUUAGCCAAAAGACUGAUUGACCGAAAAACGCAUUUAGUUGGUACAAUUAGAGCAAACCGCAAAGGUAAUCCUCAGGAAGUAAUAAAGGAAAAGUUGAAUCGAGGUGGAAUUGUAGCUCGGCAAGACAAUGACAAAACUGUAGUCCUGAAGUGGAAGAAUAAGAGAAACGUCAUCAUGCUAAGCACCAAACACGAUGAUUUAACCAUUACUUUAGCAAAGAAAGGAAAGGAAGUUAUUAAACCGAAAGUAAUUGUUGACUAUAAUCAGGGCAAGGCCUUUAUCGACUUGUUGGAUCAAAUGUCAGCAUACGCGCCUUUUCUAAGGCGAACUUCAAAAUGGUAG